GUCAGAAGCCAGCAGUCCAUAUGAAGGACCACACAGGAGCAAAGAGCAUGGUCAAGGGAAGCCACGGGUCAGAAGCUAAGAGUCUAUACAGAGCAGCAGCUGAGGGUCGAAAGCCAGGAGUCAAGACAAGAAGGAAUAACAGACAGAGACUGUGGCUGUUUAAAGGGGCUGAACUCUAUUCCUUAACUGGACGCUCCUACGGAGAGAAGACAAUUCUUCAGCCCCUGGAGGAGGAUCAAGGUCAUCUUCUGAGUCAGAGGAUAUGGGCAACGGAGUAUCCUUGGGUUUCUGUCUGCUGCUGCUUCUUCAUACUGUUCCUGUUCCUGUCAGAGCUUACUGGAUUCAUAGCUACUGAAAUCGUUAACGAGCUUUACGUGGACGACCCAGACAAAGACAGUGGUGGUAAAAUAGAAGUAAAUUUGAACAUCAGCUUGCCAAAUCUGCACUGUGAAUUGAUUGGAUUGGAUAUUCAAGAUGAAAUGGGAAGGCAUGAAGUUGGCCACAUUGAUAACUCAAUGAAAAUUCCUCUGAAUAAUGGAGAUGGCUGCAGGUUUGAAGGCCGUUUCAGCAUCAACAAGGUGCCAGGUAAUUUUCACGUAUCGACACACAGUGCCACUGCGCAGCCUCAAAAUCCUGACAUGACGCACGUCAUCCACAAACUCUGCUUCGGUGACACACUGCAGGUACAGAGCAUUCAUGGAGCGUUCAAUGCGCUGGAAGGGGCAGACAAGCUCAGCUCAAACCCUCUUGCAUCCCAUGAUUAUAUACUGAAGAUUGUCCCCACUGUAUAUGAAGACAUGAGUGGCAAACAACGGUACUCAUACCAAUAUACUGUAGCCAAUAAGGAGUAUGUCGCCUACAGCCACACCGGGCGCAUCAUUCCAGCUAUCUGGUUUCGCUAUGACUUGAGUCCUAUCACAGUUAAAUAUACAGAAAGGCGACAGCCCUUGUACAGAUUUAUCACCACAAUCUCAGAUUUGUGCUAUCAUUGGAGGAACAUUCACUGUGGCUGGGAUUCUUGACUCCUGCAUUUUCACUGCCUCUGAAGCCUGGAAAAAAAUCCAACUAGGAAAGAUGCAAUAGCAAAGCAGCUCUUAUCCAGGUCUCAUGGGACUGAAGCAAAGAAUGAGAAGCCCACUGCUAUCUAUUUUUCUCGUUUGUAUCAGAUUGAAUUGGUAUAUGUCUCUUUCAUUAAUUCAUUGAAGACUUCUUCAAAGAGCAAGAAACAAGACAAGUUAAGUUUCUGAACACUGGCAGCAUUAACAAGGAGACUUGUGGUUCUGUGCUUUCCAUCCUCUGAAAAUGGUUCUGAAGCUCAUCACCUUUUAUGACAUAAAACCAAAUCCUAUGGAUCUGACUAGUAUAAUUAUUUUAAGAGCCUCACAGGUGCUGAAGUCAAGGCAAAAGUUUAGUUAGAAUUAAUUAUGCAAAUCAGACUUUCACUCUAGAUUCUGUAAUUGUACAAUCAUUUUGUUUUAUUUCAAAUUGUGUAUGUGUGUUUAAAAAACAGAAGGCUAGCCCUGGAUAUUCACAACAAUGAUAGGUUAAUUUAAACAGUUAUGAAGAACAGAAACAGAAAUGAAAUAAACAAAUAGGUUAGAACAACCUGGAAAGUUUCCCUUUGAAUGCUUGUCCUCUCCUUGGGCAACAGUGUCAGACAGAAUUAAGUAUACCUGAUUCCCCAGGAUAAGUAUCAUUGAGUCUAUUUCUUUUACUCUACUUGGAUGUUAAAAUACUUUAACUUCACUCCAGAACUGAAUAUCCAGUCUCAGUGUUUACAGGUGGCAUGAAGUUCCAGGGGGGAAAAGAUAGAACAAAUGAAGUAAGAACUAUAAUAUGUGGCCUUUGUAGAUGAAGGGGAGUAUGAGUUGCUGCACUUUUGCAUGCUUUCUCCUGCCUUUUUAACAACAAGAUCACCCAGCUGUCCAGGUUAGGACCAUUGAUGUCAAAGGCGAGAGACUGAGGGCUACUCGAACACUACUCUGAUGAGAGAGCAUAAUUUAAAAAGGCAUGUGGUGUAUUGCACACAUAUGGAGAACACUGGAAGUAGCCCUCAGUAUGAGGAGUCCAAAUGUCAUGUACACUUGCCGUGAUUUGCUUAUCUUCUGGAAUAAUUUUAUGAUUAUGGUUGCCAAACUGACAGCACCAAAGGCAAGGGUAUAUUUUUAACUGACUCAUAGGAGAUAGGUACAGCACUGUGAAAAACAAGACAAAGUUGCCACGCAGGCAUUUUUCUGCUGGUAUGGUUCAAUGUUAAGUAUGAAAUAAUUUGUUCUUAACCUUAAGUAAGUGUGCGACUGUGUGCAUAUGUAUGCGUGUAUGUAGAAUAGUGUGUUCUUCUAUGUGGGAUGUAUGUGUGGGGAGGCAGAAAUACUGCCAGGUGUGGUUUUUAAUACACCAUUGUUCUAGUUUUUAAUGAACCAGUGUCAAGACCUGUCAAUUUCCAUUGAUCUCAGAAAGCCCUUUCAUAAAUGAACCACAAUAAUUAUUGCAUGCUUUGUACAUUUUGUGAUGGUACACAACCAUCAGUUGUGUGGGUUUUGCUACACCUCCUAAAAUAAACUCUUGAGAAUGCUAUAAUUUGGGGGGAAGGCAUUAUUUCCUGUUGAAAUGAUGUGUGACCCUUUAAGGGUUACCUAUUUUUAAAGCAUCAGAUCAAUACACUGUGACUAAAUGAAUUUUAUCCAGAAGUAUUUCAAACUGCCCAGUAUGUCUACUGCGGUUUUCAUUGUAUUAUAAUGUGGGGAAGGUAGUCAAUUGUCUUUUAUUAAAAAAAAUUAGUUGGUUUUCUCUCAGUACUUUUACAGUAAUAUCUGUAAAACACUUUAGAAUUUCCUCCUAUUUUUCUUAUGAAAUGAUUUAUCUUGCUGUAAAACUGGAUCUUGUAACUUCCUGUAUCUCCUUUAAUAAUUGAAUGGAUUUUAUACAUUUUUUCAUUUGCAAAAAUCAAGUUGAAAAUAAUACAUGUGUGUUCA